CUCCUCCGCCCUAGUGACGCGCGCUCCCGACGAAGAGAGCAUCGCUCGGGAGCGCGCAUCGAGAACGUGCCCGCCUCACGUGAUCCACCCAGGGCCAACCAAGACCCAGCGAUUCUGGGGCGCGAAGCGCGUUCUCGCGGGCAGUUGCUGCGGGCGGGAGAGAAGAGCAGAGGAAGAAACGGGCUCUUAACGUGUGCGGACUCGCUCCCGGAGAGGUCUCUGCCUAACACGUCGCCAUGUCCGAGGAGAAGCCUAAGGAAGGAGUAAAAACAGAGAAUGAUCAUAUUAAUUUAAAAGUAGCUGGUCAAGAUGGAUCUGUGGUUCAGUUUAAAAUAAAACGGCACACGCCACUAAAUAAACUAAUGAAGGCUUAUUGUGAGAGACAGGGUUUGUCAAUGAGACAGAUUAGAUUCAGAUUUGAUGGACAACCAAUUAAUGAAACAGAUACACCUGCACAGUUGGAAAUGGAAGAUGAAGAUACUAUUGAUGUGUUUCAACAGCAGACGGGUGGAAUGUGCUAAAUAUCCUGUCCUUUUGGGAAGAGGAAUGUAAAAUGUCACCUCACUUUAUCAUCUGUCCUUGGAUUUGCUAUUAAAUAGUAAACAAAUGAACAUGCCAAUCAUACAGGAAUCUUCUCAUGUUCUGAGGACAUUUAUCCAAAUUCUUUUCCUGUCCCUGAUAUACUGCGUGUGCAAGUCGAAGCUUAUCUGUGGAAAAUAAAUGCAUCAUAAGAAUGGGCCCACCCAAAAUUAAAUUCUCAAAUAAGUAAAAUACUGGCCGUUGUCUGCUGUCAUCUUGUUCCCAUAAAUUUGUGGCCUAAAUACCAACCUACUGUAAAACAAGGAUACUUUGUCCUGGCUUUUGUUGUUUUUGUUUUACUGCUUAAUUAUAGUAAUGUAAAUAUUGAAAUAUUUUUUCCUUGCAAUAGUAAGUUUUUCUCUGAAUAGCUGGCUUGGGAAAGAAAAAAAAGAUUUUUACCAUUAAACACAGUUACUACUUUAAAACUGUUAACGGGAUAUCAGAAAGGGCAGUACUUACAGAUACAAAGCUGAGUAUAGUGGCAAUUUAAGGUAAUGCAAAUGUACAUGUGCUUUUUCAUAAUAAAAUAGCAUAGACUCAAACAAUUUUUUAAAGUAAUGGAAUGUCUUUUGAAUUUGUCAGCAGCUGUAGCAUUUGCAUAUGUUAACUUUCACAGCUUCUAUUUAACUAUCACAUGUCCAGGGUUGAGCACAGUUGAAAAAAUUUAAAGAAUGGACCAGAAGCCUCCAGGAAACUGCUGUGCGUCUCUUGCUAAUUUUAUUGUGCAGGAGAAGUUUUUAGCAGAUUGUUCCCAAUGAAAUAGUUCCCAAGGAGUCAUUGCUUCAUUUCCAUUGAUUUAUUAGGCAGUAAGACUUGUGUACCUUCUGUCAAUUUGAAAGCGUAACUUGUUAGUUGUAUUUCUUUAUCUUAUACUUUCAAAUGUAAGGCUGGGAUUUAAAGGGCUGUGUACUUUUUCUGUAUGUGCAUGUGGUUUCUGCUUCCUGUUUCUGCUGCAGGUCCUCAUGCCUCCCUUGGGAGACCCUGAGCAGUGUGGAGUGCAGUGCUGAAGAAAGUGAAUUCAAUACCAUAUUCUCUGUGUGCUGAGUUCUGCACAUGCAUGGAGCUCUUUAGAUCCCAGUCAUCUAUUCAUAGUUAUUUUAAUAUAUUCAGUCAAGUAAAUUGGGUCUUAUAUUUAACAUCAUAAAUGUCAGUAUAUUUAUGGUCGUGUUAAAUGUGCAGGUAUACCACUGAAACAUCAAGAAUACAAAAGCUCUGAAUGACAACCUGACAUUCAUAAAGAGACUUGCUGUGCUACUUCCCCAAAUGUUGAGUUUUAAAUGAUUUUUGUAGUGACAUCAGCUUGUGAUGUUUCUUAGAUAUGUCCAGAUAAAAAUGUAAGGUCAUUCUGUUGACUUUUGAGUAGGGUAUUCAUUGCUGCUUGAGAAGGUCACUUUCUGCCUUUUAUAUCUACUGUCUAUAUUAGAUCAUCUUGCAAGAAAUCCUGCUGAAAAAGGCUUUUCUUUUUCAUUUGAUUGUAUAUGGGCUAAGGAGGGAUACUCUUUUAAAUCUGUCAUUGUUUAUUCACCAAUUUAUACAAUAUUUGUUUCCUUUACUACUGUAUACAGUAAAUAUAGUUUGGUACUCUG